AUGAAAUUGCGAUCUGACUUUGAAGGUAUCCGGCCCAAUUUCAUGCAUAGAGAUCCUGUCCCAUCGUUAGAUGCAUGUCUCAAUGAUUUGUUACGUGAAGUACAACGUCUUCUUACACAGUCCAUCAUUGAAGAACAAAGAUUAUCUACUGUUCUAGUAGCAUACGUGGCACAAGGGAAGUCACGCCGCCAUGACAUGAGUACUAUUCAAUGUUUUAGUUGCAAGCGAUUUGGCCACUAUGCUUCAACUUAUCCAAAAAAAUUCUACAAGUACUGCAAAAAGGAUGGUCAUAUUAUUAAGGAAUGCCCAAUAAGGCCACCACGACGACCUGCAACAACUUUUACAACCACAACUGAUUCUUCUAUUCCGAACAGUUAUGCCAAUUCAACACCUGUCCAUCAAAAUGCUACUACUGAUGUUUCAACUUUGACCCCUGAAAUGGAUCAACACUCGGGGAAGAUAAUUGUGAAGGGGCCUAAAGUUGGACAUCUUUUUCCCAUAAAUUUCUCGCUGUCUCCAAGUCUUUCUUUGCCUUUAGUCUCUUGUAAUUCUGCUAUUGUUGAUUACCAAGUGUGGCAUAAGCGCCUUGGGCAUCCCAACUCAAAUGCCCAAUUCUCAUCCAAAAUCAAGAUUCUUCGCUCUGAUAAUGGGGGAAUAUACAUCACACUUAUUUCAGGAAUUCUUGCAAUCCAAUGA